UCAGCAGGUGAGUGGUACCCAGGAGCGGGCAGCGACUCAUGGGGCCCAGGAGGGUGGAGGGAUGCUCCUGUUCCGGGCAGGGGAUCCGAGUGGGGCCCUGUUUCACCUGCCUGGCCCCACUUCACCCUUUGUCCAACCCUUGGGCUACGGCUCCACUGGCCCUUUCAUUAUUCCACUGUGGACCUGGCUGAGCUGGACAGUGUCCAGAUUUUGCCACAGGCCCUGCUGACUGCACAGGCAGGGGCCCCUGGGCCUGCCUGGGAAACGGCCACAGCGUCUGGAGUGGAGGGUAACCUCCCCCUGGGUUCUUCCCUCCCGUCGCCACUUUGGUGUGAGGAUAGCCCAGCACUCUCCUUUCUGCCUCCUCUAGACAGCAGGCACAGGAACAAAGACAUCCUUCUGAGGUUUCUUAGUGGCCCGCAUGCCUUACAGGCCAUGGGCCACUCAGGCAGCAUCCUUCAUGGCCAGGUGGCAGAAGUGAUGCCCAGGCCUUGCCCUCCUCCCCCCAAUCCCAGGUGAUAAGGCAGGAGGCAGGUAGAGGUCCGACCAACUCCACCAUCUCCUUGUCAGGCCCUGUGUUGAGCUGUGGGGCUAUAGGUGCAGCCUUUGGGGAGCACAGCCUGGUGCAGGAGACCACGUGUGGCCCCGUGUGGGGACUGUGGGCAGUGAGUUCGGAGAACCCUUCGAGAGUUGGGGGUGCAAGAGCUGAGUCUUGGGGUUCAAAUAGGACUUUUCACAGGUGAUAUUUGAGAGACGGAGAAACUGCAGCUUGGACCCAAAUAGUGGUCUGUCCAAGUUUCUCUGGCCUCAGUGUUCCUUCCCUCCAGCCACCCAGGGCUGGCCCUUGUUCUUUCUUAGCUAAUGCAUGUCCAAGCUUCAGCUCAGUCUGAGAGGAGCAGCACAGAUCUCAAUUAACCUCAAAACAGGCUGGCAGUGCCUGGCUCCUUGAACCCACUCACUGAGGAGGAUGCCUGCCCCUGCCCAGUCCUUCAGAGCAGCUCCAGGUGCAGGGAGGGGCCUGGGGGCCUCUACUUGCUGCUUACUGAGAAAUGGAAUUCCCUCCAGACUCAAACACCCUUGAGGACUACAGCCAACCUUAGGAUUACACAGGCUCCAAGUCCCUGAGCACCGUGAUUUGGGGUCUGCAAGGUCAUUGAUGUCUCUGCCUGGGCAGCCUGUGACCCCCACAUAGGAGCAGUCUGCUCAGCACCAGGCUGUUCCCACUAAAGGGAGCUCAGCUGUGGGCCAGGAGCUCACAAACCAUCAAUUCCGUCUGGAAGCUCGGGCUGGAAAACCCUCAGGAAGCUCGGUCAAGGGCAGCACUGUUCUGAUAGCAGGAAGCCAGAAGCGACUCAGGCACAUCAGGAAAACGCGUCAGGAGCAAAGCCGCGCCACGUAUCGUCACACGAGGGUGACGAUGCACCCACCGUGGCUCAGAGUGCACGCCUUGGGUGGAUCAAUAGCGACAUGGAGCAAAGAAAACCUCAGUCCAUCACCCUUAGUUCAAAAGCCAGUGGUUGAGACUUCACCUUCCAAUGCAGGGGAUGCGGGUUUGAUCCCUGGUUGGGGAGCUAAGAUUCCACAGGCCUCUUGGCCAAAAACCCAAAACAUAAAACAGAAGCAAUAUUGUAACAAAUACUAAAGACAAAAAAAAAAAAAGCCAAUAAACGGAACGUGUGUUUGGGCAUGCGUACGUGUGUAUGAGAAACCCAGCUUUCAAGAUAGGAGUUAGUCUGGGGAGGGCAGGGGACAGCAUGGGGUGGAAGCGGUUAUGCCACCAUUGUGCACCAAGAUUCGAAGUGAUCCAGAUCCGUCUGCCUGAGAGCCAUAUUUUUAAAGGAAAAUUAAACACGAGAGCAUUUUUUUGACGCACAAAAAGCACAAGCCAUAAGAGGAUGUGCCUGUGUCAAAAAAAGUGAAAAACAAUGACCAAAAAUACCAAAAAAGUUAACAGACAAGGUGAGAGUAGAAAGACGUUGCAACAUAUAUAACAAGGAUUCAUGUUGAGACUAUAUAUUCUGCUGAAAACUGGCAAAGGGUAUAAACAGCCAGUUCACAGAAGAGGAGGCCUGAAGAGCAGAAAGAAAUUAUGUUCACCUUUCCUGGAAAUCAAGGAAAUGCAAAAUAAAACCACAGAUAAUACCAUUUCAGACCAGACUGGCAAAUAUGAUUAAGAGAGGUGACACCAGGAAGAGGAGAAUCUGGCACGUUUUACACAUUACUGGAGGGACGUCAAGCUAAUAAAAGCCACUUAAGAGAGCAAUUCAGCAGAUACUGAGAAAAGCUGAAAAUGCAUAUAGCCCAUGACCCCAAAUUCCAUUUCUAAGGAUCUACUUGAAAGAAACUUGCAUGUGUGCACAAGGAGACAAAUACAAGAGCAGCUUGAUAAGGGACACCAGAAAAUUAAUAACCAAAUGUCCAUCAGUAGAAUAGUUAAAUGAUGCCCCACGCAUGCAGUGAGAUCAUAUGUAGUAGUUAAAAUGAAUAAACCAGAUGCAGAAGCUACCGGUAUGCACUGAGUAAAUCUUCAAAAACAUUGCUGAGGUAAAGAAGCAAGUUUGCAAAAUAAUAUGCACUGUUCGAUACAUUAAAAAAAAUGUAAUGCCCUACAUCAUAAAAUUAUACUACUUCAUGCAAGUGGUUGCCUCUGGGUAGAAAGGGAGGAGAGAGAAUGAGACAGUACACCUCCCAUCACCAGCGUCCAGGGCAGAUCGCGCUCCUGCCUCUGUCCCAUGCUGCUGUUCUGCAAUCUUUAUAGAAGGGAAUGCUGGAAUGCUAUAUAAAAAUGAAAAUGAAAAAAAUUUAAAAGUAUGCAUUGUAGGCUAAUCUCACAAACAUAAUAUUGAUUGAGAAAAGCCAGACAAAAGAAUACACGCUGUGGGAUACUGUUGACAGAAUCUGCUGAGUGAAAUAAAGCACAUGCAGAAGUCUGUGUGUGGUGACUUCCCUGGUGGUCCAGUGGGUAAGAGUCCGCACUCCCAAUGCAGGGAACUCUGGGUUCGAUCCCUGGUCGGGGCACUAGAUCCCACAUGCAUGCCACAACUAAAAUCCUGCAUGCUGCAACUAAAAGAUUUCCUGUGCCACAAGGAAGAUCCCACGUGCCGCAGCUAAGACCCAGCACAGCCAAAUAAAUAAAUAUUAAAAAAAAAAUCUGUGUGCAGGGUGACAGAUACUAUUUCUUGUUUAAGGAAAAAAAAAAGUAAAAAAACUGAGUAAUGAAAGCUGUAUUUCCACCAGAAACACAGAUCUAAAAUAUCAUAGUGUCUAAAAAAUCAUAGAAUACAUAUAUGUUUUAAAUGUUUGCUAUGGUCUAGAUGUAUUAUUUCAUUUUUUAAAAAAAUGCACGUCCCCAGGAAGCUACGUAUUUAGGUAUUCUUUCCAACACUGUAAUAACAAAAAGUUGGAGGCAAUCUAAACGUCCAAGAUUAAUGGAUAAUUAUACAAUGGAAUACUAUAAAGUCAAAAUGAAUAAGAAGAAUCAACGAAUUCCUGAUGUUGAAUGAAAAAAAAAAUUUUGCAGAAAAUUGUAUAUACACUGUUAAACAACGUAUGUAAAUGUAAAUGUAUUUUAAGCACAAACAGGGCAGAGUUAACUGUUCUUGGGCACCUACCAGAUGCCAGGUGCCAAUCUUAACCCUCACAGCAACCCUAUAAGCUAGUUACUAAUACUCUUUUUUCACAGAGAAGGAAACUGAGGCUCGGUGAGGCACAGCCCUGCCCAGGGGCCCACAGCCGGAGGAAGCCUAGGCCUGGGACCCACCAGCUGGCUCCUUGAGGUCCCUCCCUGCUGGGCUGGUCCAGGGACUCGGGUCUCAGGCCUGGGCCAGGAUUCUGAGCAGGAGGCCCUGUAACUGCAGCCGCUGCUCCUGCCAUGCCCGCCCCUCCUUCACCUCACAAUGCCUCCCAUUCAGCCCUGUCCCCGCUGCCAGGUCUGUGGGCCCAGAGGGGGGCUCCCGCCCGUCCAGGCGGGGACGUCCAGGCGGGGACCGUCGCCAGCCUUUCCCUGUGCUGCACCUCCAGGCCGGGCUGACUGUAGGGUCGGCAUGGCGGGGCCCCAGAGCAUCUCCGUGGUGCUGCUGCUUCCUCUGCUGCUGCCCCUGGGGCCAACCUGGCAUGCAGCUGCCCAGCGCUGCCCACAGACCUGCGUCUGCGACAAUUCCAGGCGGCAUGUUGCCUGCCGGCACCAGAACCUCACCGAGGUGCCGAAUGCCAUCCCUGAGCUGACCCAGCGGCUGGACCUCCAGGGCAACAUGCUGAAGGUGAUCCCCCCAGCUGCCUUCCGGGACCUGCCUUAUCUGACACACCUGGACCUGCGGCACUGCCAGGUGGAGCUGGUGGCCGAGGGCGCCUUCCGUGGCCUGGGCCGCCUGCUGCUCCUCAACCUGGCCUCCAACCGCCUGAGCACGCUGCCCCAGGAGGCGCUGGACGGGCUGGGCUCGCUGCGGCGGCUGGAGCUGGAGGGGAACCUGCUGGAGGAGCUGCGGCCGGGGACCUUCGGAGCGCUGGGCGCACUGGCCACGCUGAACCUGGCCCACAACGCCCUCGUCUACCUGCCCGCCAUGGCCUUCCAGGGGCUGGUGCGUGCCCGCUGGCUGCAGCUGUCCCACAACGCGCUCAGCGUGCUGGCCCCCGAGGCCCUGGCAGGCCUGCCCGCCCUGCUUCGGCUCAGCCUGCACCACAACGAGCUGCAGUCCCUGCCCGGGGACGCCUUAUCCCAGGCCCGCGGCCUGACCCGCCUUGAGCUGGGCCACAACCCCUUCACCUACGCGGGCGAGGGGGACGCGCUGGCGCUGCCCGCCCUGCGGGAGCUGAGGCUGGAGCACGGGGCCCUGCAGGCCCUGGACCCCAGGGCCUUCGCCCGCUGCCGCCGCCUGCACACCCUGGACCUCCGCGGGAACCAGCUGCACGCCCUGCCGCCGCUGCGGGGCCUGGGGCAGCUGCGCCGGCUGCGGCUGCAGGGGAACCCGCUGUGGUGCGGCUGCCGGGCCCGGCCGCUGCUCGAGUGGCUGGCGCGGGCGCGCGUGCGCUCGGACGGCGCGUGCUGGGGGCCGCGGCGCCUGCGCGGCGAGGCCCUGGACGCCCUGCGGCCCUCGAACCUGCGCUGCCCCGGAGCCGGAGCCGGGGCGGAGGAGGAGGACGAAGAGGAGCUGGCGGCCGCGCGGCCCCGCGCCCCUGCCGGCGCCCGCAAGGAGGAGGCCGGGGCGGCCGCGCCCUGCCCGCGCGCCUGCGUGUGCGUCCCCGAGACCCGGCACAGUAGCUGUGAGGGCCGGGGCCUGCGGGCCGUGCCCCGCGGCUUCCCCAACGACACCCGGCUCCUGGACCUGAGGCAGAACCACUUCCCCUUGGUGCCCCGAGCGGCCUUCCCGGGCCUGGGCAACCUGGUGUCGCUGCACCUGCAGCACUGCGGCAUCACAGAGCUGGAGGAGGGCGCCCUGGCGGGCCUGGGCAGCCUGAUCUACCUGUACCUCUCCGACAACAGGCUCUCCGGCCUCAGCGCUGCCGCCCUCGAAGGGGCGCCGCGCCUGGGCUACUUGUACCUGGAGCGCAACCGCUUCCUGCAGGUCCCAGGGGCUGCCCUGCGCGCCCUGCCCAGCCUCUUCUCCCUGCACCUGCAGGAAAACGUCCUGGACCGCCUGGCACCGGGGGACCUGGCAGGCGUGCGGGCCUUGCGCUGGCUCUACCUGAGUGGGAACCGCAUCACCCAAGUGUCCCCUGGGGCGCUGGGCCCCGCUCGAGAGCUGGAGAAGCUGCACCUGGACAGGAACCAGCUGCGAGACGUUCCCACCGGGGCCCUGGAGGGGCUGCCUGCCCUCCUGGAGCUGCAGCUCUCAGGGAACCCACUCGGGGCCCUGCGAGAUGGGGCCUUCCGGCCUGUGGGCGGCUGGCUGCAACACCUCUUCUUGAACAACAGUGGUCUGGAGCAGAUUUCUCCCGGGGCUUUCUCGGGCCUGGGGCCCCAGCUCCAGAGCCUACACCUGCAGAAGAAUCGGCUGCAGGCCCUGCCCGUCCUGCCCGGUCUCAGCCAGCUGGAGCUCAUCGACCUCAGUGGCAAUCCCUUCCACUGUGACUGCCAGCUGCUCCCGCUUCACAGGUGGCUCACUGGGCUAAACCUGCAUGUGGGGGCCACCUGUGCCACCCCUCCCAGUGCCCGUGGCCAGAGGGUGAAGGCUGCAGCUGCCGUCUUUCAGGCCUGCCCGGGCUGGGCUGCCAGGAAGGCCAAGCGGAUGUCGGCCCCCAGGCCUGGUGCCCGGAGGACCUCCAUGAAGGGAAGAUGGCAGAGAGUGAACAAGGUUGGCCGGGGGCAGGUACAGGGAGGCUUUGGUGGGUGCAUCAGGUUUUAA